CCCAACAGUCCAACACAAAUGUCCAACACGGACGAACUGGGUGAACAUACACUACGGUCCAACGACACGAGCAACAAUCCCAGUCCACAAAUAUAAUCUCCACUCCCGAAAUCCAAAAGGUAUACAAAGUAACAAUCCCGCACAAAGACGCCUACGGGCUGGCUGACAAAUAAAGCCAUACUAAUUACCCACUUAACUGAACACAGGUGUAACAAAUAAACACAUAAGGAGGGGGGAGGAAAAAGAGUCAGUGGCAGCUAGUAGGCUGGUGACGACGACCGCCGAACGCCACCCGAACGGGAAGGAGAGCCUGCCUCGGUUGAAGUCGUGACAAGUGGGCUAUUCUUUGAAUUCAGACCAGAUCGUUUUUAUUGAUCUCAGUUCGUCAGUGUCAAAGUAGCCACUCAGUUAUAUUAUAUAUAUAUGUAUAUAUAAACUAUGAUUUAUAAAUCAUUUUUAGCAGAGGCUCUAGCUACUUUCACUUUCCUUGACAACACGAGGUAAACACUUGGCUGUUCUGAUGGGUGUUCUCCCUUCUGCUUCUGAACGGCAGCAGAUAAUACAGUAUUUGCUUUGCUCAUGUUAUGGAUAGAUUUGCGACGCGUCAACAAAUACAAACCCGUAAUCUAUCAUUAAUUACAGUUAAUGAAAACUGAAUUGUACCAUUGUCUUAUCCACGAAAAUACUUCAAAUGGACGGCGAAGGAUAUCAUGGGAGGUCGACUAUCUGUUGGAACAGCCCAGUCCGGAUUUGUCUGGAAGCAAACUCUGCGUCUUGAUUGGCUAUCGAAAAGGGUUCUGAGUAACCCUGAUAAAUCAGAAACUCCUAUUGGAUAAGACAUUCUUCCGCUUGUGGGCGUCAUCAUCAGAUUUACGCUACAGAUAUACGAUUAGUUAAAACAAGUUUUUUGGUGAUGCUGUUUGAUGUUGUGAAUACUUUUCAGCGGAUCUGCAACAGCAAACCAUACUUUAUUCAAGUCUUUCGUUCGUGAUUUGUUGUCCAUAAUCAAAAGAUGGCCCAGUGGUGCCAGCUGCAACUACUGGAGUCUAAAUACCUGGAGCAGGUCGACCAGAUCUAUGAUGACUCCUUCCCCAUGGACAUCAGACAGUACCUCAGCAAGUGGAUUGAGAGCAUCGACUGGGAUAAUGUGGCUGUUCAGGACUCCUUAGCAACAGUACGUUUCCAUGACCUCCUAGCCCAGCUGGAUGACCAACACAGCCGCUUCGCCCUGGAAAACAACUUCCUGCUACAACACAACAUCCGCAAGAUCAAGAGAAACCUCCAGGACCGCUUUCAGGAGGACCCCGUUCACAUGGCCAUGAUCAUCUCCAGAAACCUGAAGGAGGAGCAGAGGAUUCUGGCUGCUGCCAAAAGCAUAGAGACCGACAGAGAAAACACACAGACCAGCAUGGUUCUGGAGAAGCAAAAGCUGGACAACAAAGUGAAAGACAUGAAAAACAAGGUUCAGGAAGCGGAUCAGAAUGUAAAGUCUCUGGAAUACCUUCAAGACGAGCAUGACUUUAAGGAAAAUACUCUUAAGAACAGAGAACAUGAAAUGAACGGGCUGACACCCAAACAGCUGGAACACGAGAAGCUGCUGAUUGUAGAGAUGUGUUUCAAGCUGAAGUUCAAGAGAGUGGAAGUGGUUGGCCAGUUGGCGGAGGUGCUCAACAUGGCCGAGGCGGUCCAGUCAGACCUGAUCUCAGAGGAGCUGCCUGAGUGGAAGAAGAGGCAGCAGAGCUCCUGUAUUGGAGGACCACCCAACGCAUGUCUGGACCAACUGCAGAACUGGUUCACAGCGGUGGCAGAAAGCCUGCAGCAGGUGAGGCAGCAGCUGAAGGAGCUCCAGGAACUAGAGCAGAAGUACACAUACGACAACGACCCAAUCAAACAGCAGAAAGGCUUCCUGGAGGGGCGGGCCCUGGCACUGUUCCGGAACCUCCUUGAACAUUCCUUGGUGGUAGAGAGACAGCCCUGUAUGCCCACACAUCCACAGAGAACUCUGGUGCUGAAGACACAGGUGCAGUUCACUGUCAAGCUCAGAUUUCUUGUGAAGCUCCCGGAAUUCAACUAUCAACUCAAAGUGAAAGCUUUGUUUGACAAGGACGUUACAGAAAAGAAAGGGUUUCGUAAGUUCAACAUAUUGGGUACCAACACAAAAGUUAUGAAUAUGGAGGAGUCAAAUGGAAGCUUGGCUGCAGAGUUUCGCCAUUUGCAACUGAAAGAGCAGAAAGUAGCUGGCAACAGAACAAAUGAGGGGCCUCUCAUUGUGACAGAGGAGCUGCACUGCAUCUGCUUUGAGUCUGAACUCAACCAGUCAGGUCUGGAGCUCAAGCUAGAGACCAUCUCCCUGCCCAUCGUGGUCAUCUCCAACGUCAGCCAGCUGCCCAGUGGCUGGGCCUCCAUCCUGUGGUACAACAUGCUGACCAGCGAGCCCAAGAACCUGAAGUUCUUCCUGAGCCCUCCUGUAGCGUCCUGGGGUCAGCUGUCUGAGGUGCUGAGCUGGCAGUUCUCCUCUGUCACCAAGAGGGGGCUCAAUGAAGAGCAGCUAGGCAUGCUGGCUGACAAACUACUGGGCCAGAAAGCACAGCGGAAUCCUGAGGGCCUUAUCCCCUGGACUAAGUUCUGUAAGAGUCUCAGUGAGAAGAGCUUUCCCUUCUGGCUGUGGAUCGAAGCUAUCCUGGACCUCAUCAAGAGACAUCUGCUGUCCCUAUGGAACGAUGGUUGCAUCCUGGGCUUUGUGAGUAAGGAGAGGGAGAAGGCCAUGCUGACUGGGAAGUGUCCAGGCACGUUCCUGCUGCGCUUCAGUGAGAGUAGCAGAGACGGAGCCAUCACAUUCACUUGGGUGGAACACGACCUAUACGAUAAGCCUGUAUUCCAUGCAGUGGAGCCCUACACCAAGAAGGAGCUGUCCGCAGUCUCUCUGCCUGACAUCAUCCGAACCUACAAGGUGAUGGCAGCUGAGAACAUCCCAGAGAACCCACUCCGCUUCCUCUACCCAGACAUCCCCAAAGACAAGUCCUUCGGAAAGUACUACACCAGGGCCUCCGAGGCAUCGGAGCCCAUGGAUGUGGAGGGUUCCAGCGUCACAGGAUACAUGAAGACAGAACUCAUAUCAGUGUCAGAAGUUCACCCAUCUAGACUGCAAGACAACAUGAUGCCCAUGUCGCCAGAUGUGUUCGGAGAGCUGAAGAGGACUGUUGCACCAGUGCUCCAGUGCUGGAGUAGUCCUAAGGACAUUGACGCUGUGAUGACACCUGACUUGGACUGCAACUGAGCCAACAGACAUGUGUGACCUGAUCUUUUAGUCCAGGAAAUGCUUCAGUAUAAAACAUUUCAUUUUUAUCCUUUACUCUCCUUGAGCUUCGGUAGUCACGUUUCAGAACAAAUACUUUUGUACCGAGUCAGUUUAGAAAUAUACAUUAUAUAUUACACUUUACUGAACUGGAAACAAUUCAUAAUUUUGUGAUUUGUAUAAAUUUAAAGCACUUAACAACAUUGCCUUUAGAAGGUAUUCCCACAUUUUGUUACAGCCUGAAUAUAAAAUGUAUUAAAGCUUUACACACCCUAUAAUCUCAACGUGGAAUUGUUUUUAUAAAUGAAUAAAAAAUGUAAAACUGAAA